AUAGAGGAAGUUGCAAACUGAUCGGUACGCUGAAUGAUGAUAUUUCUGCUCCCGACUUCUUUUUAGCUUAGUGACUGGAUAUUUUCCUCGAAUUUGUUGUAUCCUCCUAACCAAGUAUUCCAGCAUUUCGAACCAAUCGUUUGGAAACUUCUCAGAAUAUCUUCAAGGAACGCAAUUUCUAGAGGUGGGAAAGACCCAGAUGUAAGAAGAUCUGGUUCCCCAAUAUAUUGAUCCAGAAUAUGGAGAGGAAUGGACCAGGAGCACCUCAGAUCCCAGCUAGACCAACCAUCUUUCAACAUGCAGAGUCCCUACCCUUUUUCCAUGGAAGACUUACAAAUACCGAGGAGGAUAGAAUUUUCAAGUACUACUUGGAUACUAGAGGGGCUUUUCUACUGAGGAAGAGCAAUUCCCAGGAAGAUACUAUUGUCAUUUCCAUUGUGGUUGACCGGAAGAACAUCUUCCACAUCAAGGUAGAACAGAAGCAUGGUAAAGUUUGUAUCUUCCAGAGCAAUGAUGUCUUCUCAUCCCUAGCCAGUCUCAUAGAAUACUUCCAACGGCAUCCUUUCCCAGGCACCAGGCAUCAAGAUCUUUACCUCACUAAAGCAAUCAAUGCCAACAGGUUUACACCAGCAACCGCUGGGACCCCAGCUCUAGGGGAGCGAGCACCGCCCCUCUCAAGCCUGCCGAAGGAGCCUUCCAUUGAUGAACGUCCGCCCAUGCCACUUCCGUCCUCUCAAAAUCCGAUCUACGCGGAGUACCGCCAUCUCUACUCCCGCGUUGACAAGGUGGAAUCAGACCAACUCGACCGGAUACUGCUGCUUUGUGAGGAAGUGGACAAAGAGAUUCAGAAUGUGGGUAGAAUGAAGUGCUCUUGUGGUCUGUACAAGGAGGAAUCGGAGCUCAUCGAUGGCUGGAUGAUGCAUCGGGACACCGAGGGCGAGGCCACUAGAGGGCGCAUUUUUUUCCUCGAUACCAAGACAAACCAGUCUACCUGGAAACUGCCACAGGAGGUUGAGCUGGAGAUCAGGAAGAACCAUCCUGACAAAUGGAGAAUGCUUUGUAGACUGUUGAAAGAACCUCUUGCUAAUUAUGACUUUUAGAUUGGAAGACCAAAGAUCAUGUAUGGCCGUGUGUUGUCGACAGGGUGGCAAGGCAGUAAAACAGACAAGAGAUUUUGUGGAUCAAGAUGUAUUUCAGGAGAAGCAGCUCGCAAAACAAUGCCAAAGUGUGGGUAGUAUAAACAUAUUAGUGUUUUGUACAGCAUAGAGGAAUGGUUGUAGGAAGACAGCUUCUCAAUGAAUUUAGCAAAGAAAAUUAAUAAUAUGACAUGCCAAUCAGGCUUCCUUAGUUUGAUUUCCUUGACAUUAGGUUUGAAGUUGAAUGUCAAUAUUGCAAAAGAAAUGAAAAGAAUACUGCACGUUUUAGUCUGUUUCCUACCCAAGCUCACACUGGUUAUCUGGUGGGUGUUUUAUAAAGUUGUUUGUAAGUUAAGAGCGACUUUAAGAAUGACUCGUGAAUCUUUCUGACACUCUAAAUAAUCAACAAUGAACAUUUAAUGGUCAAUAUCAUUUACCACAAGAAAGGAUCACCAGUCGUUCUUAAAGUCGCUCUUAACUUACAAUCAGCUUUAUGAAAAGGCCCCCUGAAAUGUUAUUGAGUUUUUUGCCUGUAUCACAUUAAUAAUGUGAUAAAUCAAAGUUAUUGUGUACUAUAAUGGGUUCAAGGAUGUGUAACUUUUGCGAGUGCUUAUGCAUGUUACAUGUUCCUGCUUUGAUUCUAAGCAACCGUCCAAGCGUGAGAUGUUUUGGGUGCAGCCCUGCAUUUCUGACGCAUCUCUACUUCUAGUGCAUCAAAACUGGGACGCCAUGAAACGGGCAUUCUUUAAAAGAGAACCGCUAUGAUAGGGAAAGAAUUUUAUUGCGCCUAUUUAGGGGCGCAUCAUCCGUUAUGCUUGUUUAUCUGAGGCUUGCCAGAUAUACCUCACAAGUUAAUGCUAAAAUAUUAUCUGUCAUUAACUAAUAACAAGAUGCAUGUGCGUUAGUCGAGUAUCAAAAUGAGGUGAGAUAGUAAACUGGUGGGUGUUUCAUGAAGCUGUUCGUAAAGUUGCGCACAACUUUACGAUCGACUGGAACAUAAUUUUAGGUCCUAACUCAAUUACAUUAGGGUUAUCAAUUGUCAUGAGAAAGGGUUACCAUUUGUGUUUAAAGUCAUUCGUAUCUUACGGACAGCUUUACGAAAUACCAAGUGUACUGGAUGAAUACGCUUUGAUUCUUCUAGGCUAUUUAUGUGAGAUCAAAUAUGGAAAGGACUGAAAUGAAGUAUAGUUCAUAACAAUAGAAUUUAAUGUAAUGUUCUUGAAGCAAUUUGGACCUGCCUGUCCUAUCGCUUGGUACUUGCCUCUGUCUUCCAGAAACUGCACAAUUAUUUGUGGAUUAAUUUAUUUUGCAGACCUUGAAAGUAGGAAUUAUUUUUGAUAAAUAUGUAUCUAUAGUGGCCACUGCUACUUAUGGCAAAUAUCAAGAAAACUCCAAACCAUAAAAAAAUGUUAUGAAUAUGCUGAGGUGAAAAGAAUAUUAAGAUGUUAUCUAGAAAGUAUUCAAGAUUAGCUGAACCCUACCAAAUACCAUUAACAAGCAACUCGUGUUUAUUUUAUACUCAGGAUUUCACCCAAAAGUUUUAUAAAAGUUUACUGCAAAACCAGAAUUCUUAUGAGCAGAGUCACAUUGUACAUUAUUAAAGAAUAAGUAGUUAAUUUUUGUUCAAUUUACAUGUACAUUUUAAUAACAGUAAACAGUUUUAAUAAAGAUUUUGGAAUAUAUGUUCAUGUUUAAUAAUGGAGAACAUAUAAAUGUGAAUUGAAUUCUGGAUCUGAUAAAACGAGGUACAUAAAAGUUGAAUGUCAAACAGAAAGAAAUGAUUGGAUUGAAAUAAUAGGAUUUUUUUACAUUAGAUUGGUUAAUAAUCCAUUUAUACUUUUUAUCCAAUUAUUUUCUAAGUAAUGUCCUAUUAUUUUUCAAAUAAUGGUCUAUUAGGUCUAGCAAAAAAUGUCUACUAUUCUCACUGUCAAGUCAUGCUUUCAAAGUCUAAUUAAUGUAUCACUUUCCUCAGACCCCAAUGCAAAAAUGUGGUUUUUAAAAAAAAAUACAGGGGCCGAUUGCACGAAAGGGUCUUUCCAAGGACC